AUGUCUCUUUGGGUUGAUAAAUACCGUCCAAAGACGCUAGCGCAGCUCUCAUACCAUAAAGAUAUAACUCAAAACUUACAAGCACUUUCCAAAUCGGGAGAUUUUCCACAUCUAUUAGUUUAUGGUCCUAGUGGAGCAGGGAAGAAAACCAGAAUAUACGCAACACUCCAUGCUAUAUUUGGUGUAUCGGUUGAGAAACUCAAGAUUGACGUAAAGACAUUCACCACACCUUCAAAUCGUAAGUUGGAGUUUAAUGUGCUAAGCUCUCCACAUCAUUUGGAGAUUACUCCUUCCGAUAUGGGAAACAAUGACCGUGUUGUGAUUCAGGAUUUAUUGAAAGACGUGGCAUCAACAGAACAAGUUGAUUUUGGUAACCAAAGCAGCAAGAGACACAGAUUCAAAGUGGUGAUUAUCAAUGAAGCUGAUAGUUUAAGUAGGGAUGCACAAGCAGCAUUGAGAAGGACAAUGGAGAAAUACUCGUCAAACAUUAGAUUAAUCCUUGUUUGUAACUCAAUCUCCAAUAUAAUUGCGCCCAUUAAAUCAAGAACCUUAUUGGUGAGGAUACCUAGUCCAUCUGUGGCGGAAAUCAGUCUGAUUUUGCAUGAUGUCGCUCAAGAAGAGAAGGUGAAGUUCUCUUCCACCGAUCAACAAGCUCUCACUGGAUUUUACGAGCAAGUGGCAACGGUUAGCAAUCGGAAUUUGAGAAGAGCAUUGUUGGCGUUCGAGACCAUUUGCAUGCAAAAUGAGACAAUUAAUGUCAAGCAAAUGCACUCCGUUAUAGUUCUCGACUGGGAACUCAUCAUACGCAAUAUGGCCAAGUCGAUAUCGACUACUAGAAAUGUUGCAAAUUUAGCCAAACUUAGGACGGCAACUUAUGAGUUAUUAUCCCACUGCAUUCCAGCUAGAACCAUACUCAAAGGAUUAUUAUUUGAGUUGAUCAAGUUGGAAAAGGGCAAGACGAAACUUAUAGCAGAAAUUGUGAAAAUUGCAUCCAUUUUUGAUGAGAGAUUAAGUCUCGGAACAAAAUCGAUAUUCCAUAUAGAGGGAUUUAUUGCAAAAUCUAUGGUGGCUAUCGAUGAUUUGUCGUAA